AUGGCUACCAACGGAAACUCCAAUGGUCAAAGCACCGGCACUGGCACAGAGAAGAUCAAUACCGAUAUUAUUACCCUCACCCGGUUUCUGACGGAAGAGCAAGCAAAGCACAAGGAAGCCACUGGUGACUUUACAUUACUGUGCCAUGCCCUCCAAUUCUCUUUCAAAUCUAUUGCCUAUUACAUCCGACGAGCGACCUUGAUCAACCUGACCGGUCUGGCCGGAUCUUCCAAUACCACCGGUGACGACCAAAAGAAACUCGAUGUCAUUGGAAAUGAUCUUUUCGUGGCUGCUAUGAGAGGCUCCGGCCGCUGCAGGGCAGUGGUUUCAGAGGAGGAGGAUGAGAUCAUCUAUUUUGAUGAGAGCCCAGAUGCAAGAUAUAUUGUGGCCUGUGAUCCAAUUGACGGCUCCUCAAAUCUUGACGCUGGUGUUUCUGUCGGUACCAUUUUUGGAAUCAUGAAGCUCCCAGACAGCACUAUUGGACGCAAGCCUACAGUGGAGGAUUUGCUUAUGCCUGGUACUGAGCUACUGGCUUCCGGAUUCACCAUGUACGGAGCCUCAGCACAACUAGUCAUUACCAUGAAGGGCGGUACUGUCAACGGCUUCACUUUGGACAAUGCUCUCGGUGAAUUUAUCUUGACUCAUCCAGACAUGCGCAUCCCAUCCAAGCGUGCCAUCUAUAGUGUCAACGAAGGCAACUCACUAUACUGGACCGACAAGACGAAAGCCUACUUUGAGUCCUUGAAAUAUCCUGCCAAGGAGGGAGGCAAGCCAUACUCGGCUCGAUAUAUCGGGUCCAUGGUUGCUGAUGCCUACCGAACACUUCUAUAUGGAGGCAUGUUCGCGUAUCCUGCCGAUAAGAAGAGUCCAAAGGGCAAGCUCCGAAUUCUGUAUGAAUGUGCGCCUAUGGCUAUGGUGAUGGAAAAUGCUGGUGGUAAAGCUGUUGACUCUAACAUGAAGCGAAUGAUGGAGGUCGUACCACAAGGUAUUCACGAUCGAUCAGGGAUCUUUAUGGGCAGCCCUGAAGAGUUGGACAAAGUUAUUGAGGCACACAAGUGA